AUGAUCUUUACCAUACCUGUGGAUGAUCAUAAGAAUAAAUCCAUCACAUCCCCAGGAAGGUUGGUUGGGCUCAAUGUCUUCAGUCAAUUUUAUGUAGGCGGCUACAUUGAAUACACUCCUGAACUCUUACCAAAUGGAUCCAAAUUUGAGAAUGGCUUUCAAGGAUGUAUUUUUGACAUAGAAGUUCGCACUGGAAAGGAUCACCGAUUUAAAUCACCAGGGACUCCGGAAGGCCAUCCCAACGCAGGUCGCAGUGUAGGACAAUGUGAAGAUUCCCCAUGCAGUUUAAUAAAAUGCAGAAAUGGUGGAAUGUGCAUGGAAAGUGGCUCUACUGUUUACUGUGACUGCCCCACUGGAUGGAAAGGAGCAUUUUGCACAGAGACAGUUUCAAUUUGCGAUCCUGAGCACAACCCACCACAUCUGUGUAGAAGAGGUGCUACCUGUGUGCCACUGCCUGAUGGAUACACAUGCCACUGCCCUCUAGGAACUACUGGCACCUUCUGUGAACAAGCCUUAUCCAUAAGCGAUGCAUCUUUCAGAAGUAAUGAAUCAUCGUGGAUGUCAUUUGCUUCCUUUCAUAUCCGACACAAGACUCACAUCCAACUACAAUUUCAACCUCUUUCUGCAGAUGGUAUCCUUUUUUAUACUGCCCAGCACCUUAGCCCUCGAUCAGGUGACUUUCUAUGUAUAUCCUUAGUAAAUGGAUUUGUACAACUACGCUACAGCCUUGGCGACAAGAUAAUCAUCUUACAGUCUCUUCAAAACGUAUGUACAAAUGGAAGUACAUGGCAUUUCCUUAAAGCAGGAAGAAUAGGUAAUGAAGGUUACCUGGAUCUGGAUGGCAUCAACAUUACCCAGAAAGCCAGUGCUGGAAUGACUGCCCUCGACAUAAACACAGAUUUCUAUGUCGGAGGAGUGUCAUCCUUAAAUCUUGUCAAUUCAAUGGCAAUAGAGAAUGAACCCAUAGGUUUCAGCGGGUGUAUACGAGAAAUUAUUAUAAACCACAGAGAACUAAAACUCACUGAGGCAGACCCUAAAGAUGGUUCUAAUGUAGGUGACUGUGACGGAACUGUUUGCGGGUACACAGUGUGCAAAAAUAAUGGUAAAUGUCAAGUUCAAAACUCAGGCUUUUCUUGCUUUUGUCCUCAACCCUGGACAGGGAACACGUGUGAACAAUCUGUUUACUGUUCACAUAAUGGUUGUCUGCACCAGGCUCUUUGUAUUCCUGAUCCCAUUUUAUUUUCAUACAGUUGUGCAUGUACACUAGGAUGGUCGGGUAGAUACUGUGACAAUGAAAUCUCAUUUUCUACUGCAAAAUUUGCAGGUAAUUCAUACAUCAAAUACAUGGAUCCUCAUUAUGGAAAGAGAGACCUCAGAUUUACCAGCGUAUCUCUAAAUUUUACUACAAGUCAGAGUGAAGGUUUAAUUUUAUGGAUGGGAAAAGCUGAAAAUGAAGACAAUGAUUUUCUUGCAGUUGGUCUUACUAAUGGGACCUUAAAAGUUGUGGUUAAUCUUGGAGAAAAAAUCUCUGUCCCUUUAAUUCACAGUAAACAUUCCCUUUGUUGCAAGAGAUGGCAUUUUGUCACCAUAGCUCAAAACCAGACUUCUAUUAAAGUGUACCUUGAUGAAUAUCUGGUUCUCUUUGAAGAUAUUGAUCCACAAAGAAAAUACAUUGCUCUAAACUAUGGAGGCAUUUGCUAUUUUGGUGGGUUUGAACUGGGCAGAAAAGUAAACAUAGUCACUUCAGGGCUUUUUAGUCGGCAGCUAGUUGGUAAAAUUAAAGAUGUUGUACUCUUUCAAGAUUCUAAAACAAUCCAAUUAAUUAAGGCAGAAGGCUACAAUGUUUAUGAUGGAGAUAGGGAUUAA